AUGCGUACUUUCACUCUCCUCACUGCCCUCAUGGGCGCAGUAUCGGCAGCCCCCUCUCUCAUCACAAGAGUUGCAACCCCCUUCUCCGUCGCCAGCCCCGGAGGCAUCGACGACAUCUCCGUCACGGGGAACAACAUCCUCAACGGCACAUACCACAGCCCAGCAACAACCGGCCCCAACAAAUUCGCCAACCAGGCCAAUCCCAAGUCUGGGCAUCUCCCGAUCAAACUCGUCAACAGCUUCGGCGGCGGUCACGUCAAUGCGUACAUUGCUGGUCUCGACUCUGAGAACAGGGUCGUCUUCGUCAAGGGCGAUGGCAGCCUCUUGUAUCCCAGCUCCGGAGGCUCCGAGAUCCCCGUCCCCGUCAGCGACGAGAUCAAGAUCUCUCUGCCUGCAAAGGGCAAGUCCCUCACAGUAACUGUCCCCAUUGUCAUCACGUCUGCUCGCAUCUACUUCGCCGAAGGCACUCUCCCCUUCUUCAUCGUCAAGAUCCCUACUGGCGACGGCUUGGUACAGCCUUCUCCGGCAAACCUCAAGGACCCCAGCGCGGGUAUCAACUGGGGCUUCGUCGAGCUUUCCUAUACCGAAGGAAAGGCUGUCUGGGCGAACAUCAGCUACGUCGACUUUGUUGGCAUGAUCCUCAGCAUGAGCUUGAGCUCCACGGAUGGAAGCACCCAGGUUACCAGAGGUCUUCACUCCUACGCACUCGGUGAGAUUUGCAAAGACUUGGCUAAACAGACGGCCAAAGACGGCUUCCCCUGGGCCAAUCUGUGCAUCAGGAACUCCGAGGGAAGACUUCUCCGCGCCCUGGCACCAGGCGACUACAGCGACAUCGACAAGAACGGCUUCAAGAAUUACUGGAAGUCUUAUGUCGACAAAGUCUGGGACCACUAUUCCAGCAACACUCUCACCAUCAACACGCAAUCCUCUGCCGGCAAGGUCGAGUGCAAGGUCAAGGACGGCAAGCUCCAGUGCGAUGGCGACAACCGCAGCUACAGCAAGCCAAGUGCCAAUGACAUCUGGGGUUGCAACAGCGGGCCGUUUGCCAUCAAGGCUGGGGACAAUGAGCUUCACAAGGCCGUUGUUCCGCGCCUGUGUGCUGCCUUUGUUCGAGCUACCCUGCUGAUUCCCGGCGGCGACGUUCAGCCUGGAGUAAGCCGAUCCAAGUACUACAAGACCAACCCUGCCAACCACUACAGCCGUCUGGUUCACCACUACGAGGUUGAUGGGCGUGGUUAUGCAUUCCCCUAUGAUGAUGUCAAUCCUAAUGACAAGGAGAACGCUUCGGGAACUUUGGCUACGGGGACUCCUGAGAAGCUCACGGUCUACAUCGGCGCGCCUCCUCCUUGAUUGUCCUAGCAAGUAGCAGGCCGUUGCGAGAUUUGGUUGUCGAAUAUUACGGCAACGCUUCAUAUGGUCAUUUUGGGGAGGUUGAGGUGCUGGUUAGCCCUGGG